GAAAUACACAAAAUACGCUGGAUACAUUGCCUCUGUGUAGGUCUCCUCUACCCCACCUUUGGGAUUAGAAGAAAUGAGAAGAUUGCAUGCUAGGUUACCGUUAGAGGCGACAAGGUGAUGCAGCUUCUGGAGAGUGGUUUAAAAGUGAAGGAGUAUGAGAUCUUGAGAAGAAACUUUGGGGAUACUGGUUAAAAAAUCAGAUUUGGAGCAAUUUGGAUAAUCAGAAUACAGCCGAAAAGGUUCUUAAGAGCAAUUUGGAUAAGCUCUCCAAUUCAACGAAAGAUUUGGUGACAUAUAUGCCAAGCAAAGCAAGCAGGGAGGUCAGAGGUACAGAAAUUUUGUAUAAAGACCUUCAAAAUCUUGACUAAUUAUUAAAAGCUCUGGUGCCUGAUGUUCAAGCUGCUCUUGAGGCACAAGUUGUUCACUUUCCGAGUUUGGUGUUUCUUGGAUUAGAAUUGGGUUACUCCAUGGAAAAUCAAAAUUCACUGGUGAUCUGGGAGGCGCAGUUUUGUGAUUUUGCAAAUUUAGUAGAAUAAUCAGCUUUCAUUCUUGAAUUUCCAAAGAACAUCUGCCUAAUUUGCGUUCCAAACAGAAAGUCCGAGAUUCAGUUACUAAUUCACUUAGGUAGCGUUUGUUUUAAGGUACUGAGACAGAGACUGGGAGACCGAGAUUCAGUAUCAUGUUUGUUGGUUUAGAGACUGAUACUAAAAUUUCUGUCUCUAUCUCUAAAAUUUUAGUACCUCCAAAAAGUAGAAACACAGGGGACUAAAAUUUUUAGAGAUGGAGACAGAAACUUUAAUAACAUUUUAUAUCUAAAAUACCUUCAUUUCAAUUAAUUAAUUCUAAUUUUAUCCUUUUUACAAAUUGAAUUGGAAUUUUAUUCUUGUUUUAAUUUCUGUCUCUCACUUUAUACCAAACAAAAUACUGAAAUUUAUUUCAAUCUCUUUCUCUUAGUCUCUAUCUUUUCGUCUCUGUCUCUCCACCAAAAGCUACCUUAGCAUCAGGUUUAAUUUCUGGAAGAAAGAAGAAAGAAACACAUGGCUGCAAAGUUUCUUCGGAUCAGGUUUGCUCAUCUUGGUUGGCUCCAGUUGGAUCUGCAAGGGGUUUUACUUAUGGAGCGUACCCAAUAUGAAUAUAUAUGAUUUGUGCAAUCUUCUAUGUUAAAUCAUAUGUAUGUUUUGAUUGUAUUACUUUACUCAUUAUAGUCAUAGUUGUUUUUGUGUUUUAGAUAGCUUCUUGCAAUGGUUCCUGUCCUGGUUCAUCAAAUGAAAUUUCUCCCCUCAAAUGUUAAAUCAUAUUCACUCUCAAGAGUCAAGAGUCAAGCCUUCACCUUUUACGCCGCUUCGGAUUCAUUUUGCAUUGCUGCUCUUGCUUGGUUGGUUGGCAGGGGAGCUAUGAGUAGCGUCUUCAGCGAGCAGAUUGAAUUGAAAGUAUCCUUUUUUCUUCUUUCAUUGUGCUUGAUUGAUGUUUCUUGAUUGAAUUCGCUUUUCAACCAUAUGAAUUCUGAAUUACUUUGCCAAUUUGCGGUUUUGGGAGAAUAUCAUGGACUGUAUGACUCUUUCUGGAUGAGUUCUUGUGUGGGGAAACCGCAAGUAGAAAGCUAUGGGUCUUGAUGGUUACAACUCAAAGCAAGUCCGAGAUAAACAAAUAGCUCGGAUUAUCCGAAAGAUAACAACAAUUGCUGCAGCAAUUUAUCUCAGAAUGGCGGGACGGCCACCUGUGCUUCCAUCCAAUCAACUUUCUUACACAGAGAACUUCCUAUACAUGCUUGAUUCUCUGUAUGUCUAACUGUUCUUUCUGUCAGGUUAUUGAUGAAACACUUAGACUUGGGGGAAUUGCAAUUUGGCUGAUGAGAGAAGCAAAAGAAGACAUUCAAUAUCAAGAUUUUGUUAUUCCAAAAGAAUGCUUUGUAGUUCCAUUUCUUUCAGCAGUCCAUUUAGAUGAGAAUGUGUAUAAUGGAGCUCUAAACUUCAAUCCCUGGAGAUGGAUGGAACCUGAAAAUGAGGAGAAGAGAAACAGGAGAACUAGUCCAUUCUAUGCACCCUUUGGAGGAGGUGCAAGAUUCUGUCCUGGAGCCGAGCUUGCUCGCCUUCAGAUUGCGCUUUUUCUUCGUUACUUUGUAACUACCUACAGGCUCCUAAAUGAGGUGGAAAAGCGCCAGUUCCAGCUUCGAAGAAGCCUGAGAAGGUUACGAACCCGUUGUUCGAGAAGCGUCCUAAGCAGUUCGGGAACGGAGGAGCGUUGCCGCCAAAGAGGUAUUUGACUCGUUUCGUGAAGUGGCCUAAGACCGUACAAACAGAGGAAGAAGAGGAUCCUCAAGCAGAGGUUGAAGGUUCCACCAGCUUUGAACCAGUUCACCAAGACCCUUGACAAGAACCUAGCAUCCAGCCAUUUCAAGAAUCAUUAGAACACCCACAUCAAGAAAAGCCUCAAGAAAUUGGGAAUUGAUCCUGCACACACGCCACUCUCUAAUAACACCACUGACCAAAAUCAAAUCAAACCAGAACAACCACCACUUCAAGAGCAAGAGCAAGAACAAGAUCAUCAUGAGUCUUUUAUUCUUGUUCAACCUGAAAUUAAGGAGGCAGAGAAGCCUGAGGUAGAGGAACAAUUCAUGACCCCACUGUACCACUUACUUAAUUAAAUAAGAAUUAAAUAAGGACUAUGACGAUGAUGGGGAUAAAGAUGACACUAGGACUAUAGCUGAUAAAUUUAGUAUAGUUGAAUAAUACAUUGAGUUCAUGUUUUGAAUUAUAGUUGAUGUAUCAAUACAUUUUGUUGAUGUAUGGUUGUUACUUUGUUUUGCUCAAAA